AUGGCGUGCGCAUUAGCCCCGAAUUUCCCCGCACUGCUCGUUUUUCGCUUCCUCUGUGGUUUCGGGGGCUCUGCACCUAAUGCUGUAUUGGGAGGCCUAUUUUCGGAUAUUUACGCGGAUCCUCAUCACCGCGGAUUGGCAAUGUCGUGGUUCAUGUUUGCUACCACCUUUCCUCCACUUUUGGGACCUAUUAUCUCUGGCUUUAUUUCGACUAUUACCUGGCGAUGGUCUUUCUGGGCAGGGCUUAUCAUUGCGUCUCCUGGAUUUCCAAUGCUUCUCACAAUGCAAGAAACAUAUGUUCCAGUUUUGCGUAAGAGGAGUGAGGGUGCCAGUGGCGAGAAGGAGAUGGCUCAGACCACUCAUUCUGGAACAGAUGGUAAACCAUCUCUUUGGACUGAAGUUCUUACAAUUUUGAGUCGUCCAGUCUUACUAUUCACCAAAGAGUCCAUCGUAUUUUGCUGUUCAUGCUAUCUUGCUCUUAUCUAUUCCAUUCUCUACCUCUACUUCCAGGCAUACCCUAUCAUCUUUCAAGUCUUACCCGGGUCCAUCCUCGCCUUUAUCGCCUUCUUUUUAUACAGUAGAUACCACAGCAAAGCAUUGGCAGCUGGGCAAAACUGGGCAACAAGAGAAGAGUAUCGACGCCUCCCACUGGCUUGUGUAGGCGCUCCCGGGAUCCCUAUAGCGUUGUUCUGGCUCGGAUGGUCAUCGAAGCUCUCCAUCCACCCUGUCAUGCCGAUGAUGUCUGGGAUCUUCUUCGGAUUCGGAUAUCUUCUGAUUUUCAUCGCUCUUUUGAACUAUUUGACCGAUGCUUAUAAACAAUAUUCGGCUUCUGCGGCUGCCGCGGCGAGCACCUUGCGCUCAUUCUGCGCAAUAUUCCUUCCGAUGGCUGCUAACCCGAUGUAUUCAAAGCUAGGUAUUGGUUGGGCUAAUUCGCUGCUUGGGUUCUUUUCGAUCGCGAUUGCUGUUGUACCAUUUGUUUUUAUUAAAUAUGGUGCUUGGAUACGUGCAAAUAGUACAUUUGCGCAGCAGACUCAAUGA